GACUGAUACAGUGAGUCUCACUGGCCAGUAUCAGUAUCCCGAUGAUCGACCAGGAGAUGUUGAUGCUUUUUCCAGAGAACCUUUUGUUGUCCGUUUCAAAGCCCCCAAGACAGCUAUAAAGGAGUUUGUCCUCAUACCUCAGCACACCACUCCAGUCAACACCACUAAGGAGCUUGAUGCACUGUAUGAUGUUUUACAACAUGUGAAAAAGAUGUGGAAAACUGAGAAUGUGAUGCUUCUUGGUGACUUCAAUGCUGACUGUGGCUACCUUGCUAAGAAGAACAGGAAGAAUGUGCGUCUGAUUACAGACACGGAUCUUGUUUGGCUCAUCAAAGAUAAAAUUGACACCACCGUGCGAUCGACCACCUCCUGCACCUACGACAGGUGACCUCACACAUAUUACUACACGCUUUUCAAUGUCAUUUACGUAUAAAUUUGGUCUUCACUUGAAGGUGGUGUAUUUGCAUUGCUUAGUGUACUGUCACAGUGACUGUUGGUUUGUGUCUCUGUGUGUACUCAAUCCUUCCACCUCUCAAUAGCUGCUUUUAGAACUCAGUGAAAUAUAUUGUCCAGACAUUCCUCGGACGGGCUGUACAUGAGAAUGCAAACAUCUGAGUGAGAACCUCUGGAUUUUCUGUGGAGUUUCUCCGGCAAGUGCCAUCGUAAAAAAAUCCACAGAGUGUCCUAUUGAGCCGAUGUAAGAGAACAGCAGGAGAUUCUCUGGAGGAGACUGACAUUACUAAAAAGUGACAGAUGCAAAACUGAAAAAGAAAAUGCAUAUAUCUCAGGACGAAAAAGGCAGAUCCAUACAKUGAACCUUAGAMGACACUGACAAAGAUGUUGAGAGCUUUUGAUGAUAAGGGCCAAUGCUGGUGCUGUAAACAAAAACAUGUGAUCUCCAAAGCAGAAUGAAUAUGUUACAUCCUGCCUCUGCCUGCUGCACCACCCCUCAGCUGAAUACUCCAGAGAUUUCUGUGUUGUUGUGAACACGUCUGAGCRGAGAAGCUCCUGUGGCACUGUUCAUGUGCAAAUAGCGCCGAAGCCAAUGAUCCCAACAACUCCUUUCAAAUGAA